AUGGCUUCCGCUAUCGUGGACGAGUAUUUGGAGACGCCGAUGGAGGCCGACGAUGCGUUCCCCUGUAAGGGCUGUGGUGAGAUACUAGAAGAAGGCAAAGCUUUUGAGUUGGCCGGCAACCGAUGGCAUCUCGACUGCUUCCGUUGCACCUCGUGCGGUUCUCUCCUCGACUCCGAUGCCAACCUUCUCCUGCUCGGCGAUGGCUCCCUCAUCUGCAACAACUGCACAUACAGCUGCACUGCGUGUGGCAACAAAAUCGAGGACCUGGCCAUCCUGACAGGCGACCAGGCCUUCUGCUCGACAUGUUUCCGUUGCCGAAACUGCAAGCGUAAGAUCGAAAACCUGCGUUAUGCGAGGACGUCUCAGGGCAUUUUCUGCAUGGACUGCUAUGAGACUUUGAUGGCUAGGAGAAGAAAGAAAUCCAAAGCAGCCGCAGCAGCAAAAGCUCGAGAGAAAGAACAAGCACCCACGGUGCCGGAAAAGUCUCUUCCGGCCCUCCCACCCGGUGCGAUUCCGAACAACGCCUUCUCCGAUGACCGCGUCGACCCCGAUGGGCCCACGGAGUUGUCUCCUCGGCCUCGCACUGGCCAUCGACACAACGAGUCGUCGUCUAGGGGCGGUUCCAAGGCCUCGCGCUCUCCGGAGCGUGCAGCCGCUGAUGCGACCAAGGACGGCCUCAACCUUCCUUCAACUACAUAUCGCAGAAACCGCAACUCGACCAUCACUUCCAACAACGGUGAUGGUGGUGACGGCUUCUUGAUAUCUGUGGCUCUUGAUACGAGCCCAUCGCCCAAUGGUGCCCAGAAGGAGAGUACUAGUGAGAAGAAGAAGGACAAGGACCACAUCCGACCGACCAUGAAUGACAAGCGCGCCGACUCGCACUCUUCCGCUACCCACAUUGCCUUCCUGGGCGCCGCCGCAGCUCCUGACCCUUCGCAGACCAAGUCUUCGUCUCGUUCCACUUCCAAGUCGGACCCGGCCAAGGCAUCCGCUGAUGAGGCCCCGAGGAAGAGAAGACCUACAGAAUCGCGGACUGACAGCUCGCAAUCUGUCCCUCAGCAACAGGAAACCCCCAGUCGAACUGGCACCAGUACUCCACGCAAGGACAGCACCUCGCAGCCUGAUUCACGAAAGGCCAUGGACAAUACUCCCGGAUCGCGAAGCUCCUACGAUUCCAAAGCUGUCAAGAGCAUUCCGCGAAAGGAGGUUCCGUCGGCACCUACCCGUCCUGUCAAUGGCAGCCCAAGUGCCGCGCAGGGCAAAUCUUCCACUUCUGAAGAUGCCAACGUCUCGACCCCACGCCAGAGCCCUCCCUCUCGGUCUGGCGCAGCUGACAAGCCCUUGACUGACACCUACAUGCAGCCCAGAGCGGCUCCUGUGCCCCCAAGUAGCCAGGCACAAACUCCGCCCAAGGAGGGCACACCUGCAGCCAAGGGUUCUCACGCCUCACCCACUUCGCCGAAGCUUCCUAGGUGGAGCAGCGGCGCAGAUUUCACAAUGGAAGAGGACAUGGUCAGGAUCCUUGGCUCUGAUGAGGGCUCAUCAUCUAUCCUUAGGCGUGUCUCCAACGCUGUCCGCCACGGCCGUACCAGCAGCGUUGAAUCCAGCCAAAACCAUGCUGCCUCUCGAGGCUCCCACACCCGAAGCAUUAGCGAGACGACGCGUGGUGCUAUUUCGCCUCGCUGGCCCAAGACGGACGAUGCAAACGGCCAGGAAGGUGGCAGCCCUGCUUCGCUCACAUCUCCAGAUAACGCCACCGUGCUCAAGCAACAGCUUAGGUCUUCUGAAAUGCGAGUGGCCGAGUUGGAGAGGCAGUUUGGCGCCGAGAAGGAUCUGCUGAACAUUAACCAGAAGCUCAUUGAAAAGAGAAAGACCGUUUCCGUACUGGACACCCAGACUGAGAUUAUGAUUCGACAGCUUGAGGUCCUGGCUGGAUAUGUUGAGCGGGCAAAGGAGACACAGGCUCCUCUUAAUGUCCAAGAGUUGGAGGAAUCCGCCAUCAAGGAGUUCGUUGAAAAGCUCGAAAAGGUCAAGCAGUCCUUUACCGAGGAACUCGAACGCCUGCACGAGGAGCGUGAUCAGCUUCUUGAAGAAAAGAACCAGGCUGUGACGGACCGGGACCGUGCCCUCAUGGAGUUUGAGCAGCUGGCCUCCAAGAACGCCCAGCUUACAGACAUGAACAACGAUCUCACGCACCAGAUCCAGGAACGCUUCAAGUCCCAGAUUGGAGAUGGCAAGUCGAACGGCUUGGGCAUCUACGGUCAGCACAAGGGCGCUUCAUCCAUCAACCUCGACAGUGCAAGCGUUACUACUGGCACUACCCUUAUCGCUGACGAGGAUCCAACCAUUGUUGAGCACGGGCCUACUGUGGUUCAUGUCAGAAAAGGCCAAGUCAAGAAAUUCAACUGGAAGAAGGGCUCCAAGACAAUGGCACAGAACAUCACAAAGGGUGUCGGGCGUGCUGUCGUUGCUUUCCAGAACGAUCGCGAGAGAAUGCAGCAGCAAGGCUUGGCUGGUGACAGCAUUGGCCUGCCAUACAACAUGACUGUGGCCCAAGGAGAGUCCGCCAACCCGGCGUCGGCUAACCCUCCAGCUGGACGACAGCACCAACAACAGUUUGGCUUCUUUGGCAAAAAGAACGCAGCUGCCAAGGGCGGACCAGCUACCCAGGCCAACAUUGUGGUGGCGCAAGCAGCUCCAGAGCCUGCAUCGACUCUGUUCGGAUCCGAACUUACAGAGAGAUGCGAUUACGAGCAUCGCCAGAUCCCUAGUGUGGUGACGCGAUGCAUCGAAGAGGUUGAGCUGAGAGGCAUGGACCAGGAGGGUAUCUACCGAAAGACUGGCGGUAACUCCCAAAUCAACCAAAUCAAGGAUGGCUUCGACAAGGACGAAGACUAUGACAUUUCAGACCCUGACAUGGACAUCACUGCCGUCACGAGUGUCCUGAAGCAGUACUUCCGAAAGCUGCCCAACCCCCUCCUAACGUUUGAUGUCUAUGAGAAAGUCCUGGAGUCCAAUGCUAUUACCGACGAGGCCGAACGGUGCUCUCAUCUGCACAAGGUUUUUACUUCAAUGCCCCAGGCCCACCGGGACUGUCUAGAGUUCCUCAUGUUCCACCUUCAUCGUGUGGCAAUUAGAGAGCCUGAGAACUUGAUGUCGCCCAAGAACUUGGCCGUCGUGUUUGCUCCAACCAUUAUGCGAGAUCUCAGCAUUGAGCGUGAAAUGACUGAUAUGCACAACAAGAACCUUGCCGUUCAGUUUGUCAUUGAAAACACUCACAGAAUCUUCCAGGAUGAAUAA